UCUUGUACUUUGUACUACUGCGUAUAGUAUAUAGUCCAUGGUUGAUUUUCUAUCGCGUACAAGCUUGACAUCGUAUUUCAUUUAAUCAGAAAAUGAGUGAUGCUGCAGCGAGUACAUCAUCCGUGCAAUCCGCGAUGUCGAAGCACCAGGAAAGAUUGAAGCGGCUCAGAGAACUGCACGCUAAAAGAAACGAGGCUAGAAUGCAAAAUCACAAGGAGGUCAUAGAAGAGGAUAAGAGAAACAAAUUACCAGCCAACUGGGAGUCACGCAAGAGACAGGCUGAGUGGAUAAUGCAAGAUGAAGAAGCCAGGAAAGAAGCAGAGACCAAGGGAGAAGAUUACGAACGGAAGAAACUGUUGAAUAUCGAUGCCACUGAGGCGGAGAGAAUAGCCAGGAAAAAGAGGAGCAAGCAAAAUCCAGAUCCAGGUUUUUCUGAUUACGAACAGGCAGCAAUACGCUCCUACAAUAGAUUGGUGAAGAACAUUAAGCCAGACAUGGAGGUGUACGAGAAAGCGAAGGAGAAACUGGGACCUGCUUUUUAUGGCGACCGAAACACAAUAUUGCAUGGAUUACACGAGGACAAAAAGGAAGCAGUCGAUAAGAUGGUCGAAAAUCUGGAGAAACAGAUUGCGAAAAGGGAGAAGUACAGCAGACGUAGGAUGCACAACGAUGACGCUGAUAUCGAUUACAUCAACGAGCGCAACGCCAGAUUUAAUCAGAAGCUGGAGAGAUUCUACGGCGAGUAUACUCGCGAGACGAAGCUGAAUUUGGAGCGGGGUACGGCCAUAUAAUGGGAGAAUGUUCCGUUGCAAUUAUUAGAAAUACUUUAUAUUUUAUAUAUUAUAACUUUUGUACAAAGAAGAUACUGGAAAAGAUACAAUUUUGUAGCGUUUAGUCAAGUAUAUACCUUUUUUCCCAUUGCUAUUUCUCAUUGUUCUGCGUGAAGACUCAAAUGUAUAUAAAUCAUUUUGAAAAAA